UUUCUUCAGAUAUAUAUAUACAUAUAUAUUAUAUAUAAUGCCUGUUCUAUUUAGACAGCCUAUAUGUUCGAUAGAAAAAAAAUAUAUGCAUGGGCAGAAUGCUUAGGCUAACGCAAAUAAGCUAAUGACGCAUGCGUGGUGGUGGCAAAACAAUUCCAUAAAGCGUCCAGAUACUCCUGAUAACUGCUUUGUGUGACUUUUCGUCCAUUGCCUUAGCGGUCUUUGGUAUACAUUACACACACAGAGAAACCAAAGAGAGCAUGGCGGCAGAAAAACUCAGGAAAGAAGACACUCUCGCAAUGAGGAAGCGACUGAUCGGGCAGUCAUGUAGACUCUUUUAUUCAGACGACCCUGUGAAAAUAGUAAGAGCAAGAGGACAAUAUCUAUUCGAUGAGAAUGGCCUGCGCUAUUUGGACUGUAUCAGUAACGUUCAUCACGUGGGCCAUUGUCACCCCAGCAUUACAAAGGCUGCGGCAGGACAAAUGGAAAUCCUGAACACAAAUGCACGAUUUCUACACGACAACAUAGUCGUGUAUGCAGAGCGCCUGUCUGCUACCUUGCCUGAGAAACUGUGCGUCUUCUACUUUGUUAACUCUGGUUCAGAGGCCAAUGAUCUUGCCCUACGCUUGGCACAGCAGUACACCCAACAUGAGGAUGUCAUUGUGCUUGACCAUGCAUACCAUGGGCAUCUCAAGUCGCUCAUUGACAUUAGUCCUUACAAGUUCCGGAAACUGGCAGGACAGAAAGAAUGGGUUCAUGUGGCUCCCUUACCAGACACAUACAGAGGAAUAUACAGAGAGAAUCACCCCAACCCAGGCCAAGCGUACGCUGAUACAGUAAAAGACCUAAUAGAGGAAGUGCACAGGAAAGGGCGUAAGAUAUCUGCCUUCUUUGCUGAGUCAUUGCCAAGUGUUGGUGGACAAAUCAUCUUGCCCCAGGGAUACUCAACUAAAGUUGCAGAAUAUGUGCAUUCAGCUGGUGGCGUGUUUGUGGCAGACGAGGUGCAGACAGGCUUUGGACGUGUGGGAAGUCACUUCUGGGGUUUCCAGCUUCAGGGGGAGGGUUUUUGUCCCGACAUAGUGACCAUGGGCAAACCAAUGGGAAACGGGCAUCCACUUGCAUGUGUGGCAACCACUGUAGAGAUAGCUGGAGCUUUCACAGCCAACGGAGUGGAGUACUUCAAUACGUUCGGAGGGAAUCCAGUGUCCUGUGCAAUUGGCCUGGCAGUUCUUGAUGUGAUAGAGAAAGAGGACCUAAGAGGAAACGCCACAAGGGUGGGAGCACAUCUUAAAGAUUUGCUCACAAAACUGCAAUCACGACAUGAUGUAAUUGGCGAUGUCAGAGGUGCAGGACUGUUUGUUGGUCUUGAGCUGGUUACAGACCGAGAAAAGAGGACUCCUGCCACAGAAACAGCAGCAUGGGUCAUGAAGAGGUUGAAAGAGGAUGAUAAAAUAUGUGUCAGCACAGAUGGCCCCUGGGAAAACAUCAUUAAGUUUAAACCUCCUAUGUGCUUUACUAUGGAGGACACAGAACUGGUGGUAAAAUGUAUUGACCGCAUCCUCACAGACAUGGAAGUCAGUGACCUUAAACUGGAAAAGGACGACAUCUAAGGUGUUCACUACCAUUGUAUGGUAUCACUUUAGGAAAAUAAGAUCCAGUCACCUCGAUGAUGAAUCAGCCAAUUGGAGGCACAUCUAAUGUGAAGUGGUGCCAGCUACAGCACAUUGCUACGCAGGAGAUAACUAAUAUACAAGAUAAUACUGCAAAUGUGACACUUGACUUCCAUAAAAAAAAAUUUUUUUUAAAUCAAAUAAACACUUGAUUUUUUAAA